AGAUUGUUGCUAUGGCCUGCAUCAAUCUCGCGUCCAAAAUUGAAGAGGCGCCUCGUCGUAUAAGGGACGUGAUCAACGUGUUUCAUCAUUUGCGUCAGUUAAGAGCAAAAAGCGACCAGCUACAUUUACCAAAGCCUGGGUGAUGUGGAGUGGUACAUAAAGAUGAAGCUGUCGUCAUGGCAACAGACUCCAAGCCCCCUGAUACUUGAUCAGAACUACAUAAACACCAAAAAUCAAGUAAUCAAAGCAGAAAGAAGGGUACUGAAGGAGUUGGGAUUUUGUGUUCAUGUCAAGCAUCCACAUAAGAUCAUUGUUAUGUAUUUACAAGUCUUAGAAUGUGAACGUAAUCAAACCCUGGUACAGACAGCCUGGAAUUACAUGAAUGACAGCCUUCGAACAAACGUGUUUGUUCGCUUUCAGCCAGAGACUAUAGCAUGUGCUUGCAUUUAUCUCGCUGCUAGAGCUCUGCAGAUUCCACUACCUACCCGUCCUCACUGGUUCUUGCUCUUUGGCACCACGGAAGAGGAGAUUCAGGAGAUAUGCUUAACGACCCUGAAGCUCUAUACCAGGAAGAAGCCCAAUUACGAAUUCCUGGAUAAAGAAGUAGAAAAGAGGAAAAUGGCACUACAGGAAGCUAAACUGAAGGCAAAAGGUUUAAAUCCAGAUGGAACUCCAGCACUCUCGACACUGGGUGGCUUUUCUCCUGCAUCCAAACCAUCUUCCCCCAGAGAAGUAAAAACUGAAGAGAAGAGUCCAGUGUCUCUGAAUACCAAAACCAUUAAGAAAGAGCCAGAAGAGAGGCAGCAAGCUUCAAAGAGCCCUUACAAUGGGUGGGUAAAAAUCUCUUUCUGGUAAGAGAAGACUUCUGUAAAAACAGUUUCUUCAGCUGAAGCAGUGAACUACUACUGCGCUACUUUGUGGAAGUAGCCAGUACCUUGGAAAUAUAACCCUAAUUUUUUUUUCCU